AUGGUGGUCCCAUGUGGAGAUGGGUCCCCCUGACCCUAUCCUGGGGGUGACAGAAGCUUUCAAGCGUGACACCAACUCCAAGAAGAUGAACCUGGGAGUGGGGGCAUACCGGGAUGACAGCGGGAAGCCGUACGUCCUGAACUGUGUUCGCAAGGCAGAGGCCAUGAUAGCAUCCAAGAAGAUGGACAAAGAGUACUUGCCCAUUGUGGGGCUGGCAGAUUUCACCCGGGCAUCCGCAGAACUGGCUCUGGGUGAAAACAGUGAGGCUUUCAAGAGCGGACGGUAUGUCACUGUGCAGGGUAUUUCUGGGACUGGAUCUCUGCGAAUUGGAGCCAACUUUUUGCAACGGUUCUUCAAGUCUAGCCGUGAUGUGUAUCUACCCAAACCGUCCUGGGGCAAUCACACGCCUAUUUUCCGUGAUGCUGGCCUGCAGCUGCAGGCUUACCGCUACUAUGAGCCCGAGACGUGCAGCCUUGACUUCUCUGGAGCUAUGGAUGACAUUUCUAAAAUUCCAGAGAAAAGCAUCAUCCUCUUGCAUGCUUGUGCUCACAACCCCACUGGGGUGGAUCCUCAACAGGAGCAAUGGAAGGAGAUAGCGGCUGUGGUGAAGAAACGAAACCUCCUUGUGUACUUUGACAUGGCCUACCAAGGGUUUGCCAGUGGGGACAUCAACAGGGAUGCCUGGGCUGUGCGGUACUUCAUCGACCAGGGCAUCAACGUCCUCAUAUCUCAGUCGUAUGCCAAGAACAUGGGGCUGUAUGGAGAGCGUGCAGGUGCCUUCACGGUGAUCUGCAGCAAUGCAGAGGAAGCCAAGAGGGUUGAGUCACAGCUGAAGAUCCUCAUCCGUCCCAUGUACUCCAACCCACCCCUGAAUGGAGCUCGCAUCGCCUCCAUCAUACUCAACAUCCCUGACAUACGGAAGGAGUGGCUGACGGAGGUGAAGGGCAUGGCUGACCGGAUCAUCAGCAUGCGAACUCAGCUGGUGUCCAACCUCAAGAAAGAGGGAUCCUCCCACAACUGGCAGCAUAUCACUGACCAGAUCGGCAUGUUCUGCUUCACGGGGCUGAAGCCUGAGCAGGUGGAGCGCCUGAUCAAGGAGUUCUCCAUCUAUAUGACGAAGGAUGGGCGAAUCUCUGUGGCAGGAGUUACGUCGAGCAACGUAGGGUACCUGGCUCAUGCCAUCCAUCAAGUCACAAAGUAAAGACAGGUGUGUGCCCUGGAGCUGGUGGCUUUCCCUUCCCCAUCAGUUGAAUAUGGGGAGGGAAAGGAAAGAAGCAGAAUAUUUCCAAGCACAGCACUCGGCGCCGCUGCUGAAUGUAUCUUGUAGAUAAGUUGUUGUAGAAGCCUAGUCAAAACCACCCUGCAGUGUGGAGCAGGGACGUCGUUGCUGGCUCCCACUCAUCACAGCCUUUCUCCCCUGCUAUCCAUCAGCCCCAGCACUCUCACAAGCUGGAGGAAGCACCAGCUUCACACUGCCAUCCUACCAGCAGAGGCACCAGAGGCUCCCUCAUGCACGGUUCUCCAGGAAAAGGCUUCGUGAGGC